AGCACUGUGUGAGUUUGCAUGGAAAUUUAACGACCACCACUGCUCGAUAUACCAACAAUUUAAUCAAGCAAUUAUUGCGAUCAUCUCGCGAGAGUGCUCACAAAACAUCCAUUCAUUCUUAUUCAACGCUCAGUUGCUGCUCGUAUUCUCUCGGGAGUGGAUUAAAGUGUUGUGCGCCUUCUGUUCUUUAUUUUUGCACCUCCUCCAGCUGCCCCUCAUCUCGUGCCCGAAGAGCACCUUAAGAAUUUCCCACCGUCGUCGCACAUAGCUAAGCUGCUAAUGAGAAUCUGCGUAAUAUUGUGAAACGGGUGCGGUGUGUGAUUUGUUGUGGGAAUAUAAAUCAAUAUUUACGAUUUGAUCACAUAGAGUGAGAAAAAAAAUUGCAAAUAAGUUUAUUUGUGAAUCAAAUUAGAUGAUAUGAACGGAGUUUUGUGGGAAAGUUGACGAAAAGGGAUUGAAAGAAAGUGAAAAUGCUCAGAAGAGCAGUAACUUUUGCCCUGUUGACUGUGAUAUUGGAUUUAUAUUGGUGCUAUGAUCAGGAUUACAUUCCACAGAGGCGUCCAAUUUAUCUGGAAUCCGAAGUUGGAUCUUAUGUUGUGUUCAACUGUCGAUUAGAUUUUCCUUUGGACACACCAAUUCCGUAUGUUCUGCAUUGGAAUAAAGAUGGAAAAAAUGUUUUCUCAUGGUACGACGGUGUCCUUUCUGCAUCAGACAAUUUUGUAGGACGCAUUAAUUUGCUUGACCACGAGUAUGGGCCAAUGGGUAAGGCUUCUGUGAAUUUAACAGCCCUCCGGGAGUCGGACAGCGGAUGGUAUCAGUGCAAAGUUAUCUUUCCAAAUCGAACCCCAAAUACACGUGGAAAUGGAACGUGGUUUCAUCUCACUGUUGAUGGGCGUCACAACCUCCUGAAGGUGCCACCAAUUAAUUUAACUGUUACCGAGGGUGAAGAUGCAUUCUUCCAUUGUACCCUAAAGCACCCGGAUACAUCACGUAUUAAAUGGUGGCAACGGGGUGUAUUGCUAACAGACAUACCCCAUGUGAAAAGUCGCUCCAUUAUUACACCAGAUGGGAAUUUGCGCAUCAGUCCAACCACAAUGAGUGAUAUAGGAGAGUAUUUCUGUGAGAUCACUGAUGACUUGAGGAAUGAGAAGCAACUUGCCAGGGCAUACCUCAAUGUUCAAUAUAAAGCAAAAGUCAUCUAUGCUCCUCCUGAAGUUUAUCUCCCGUAUGGACAACAAGCUAUCCUAGAUUGUCACUUCCGUGCCAAUCCUCCAUUAACGAAUUUGCGAUGGGAAAAGGAUGGAUUUCUCUUUGAUCCCUAUAACGUACAGGGUGUCUUUUAUAAGAGAAACGGCAGUCUCUUUUUCAGCAAAGUAGACGACUCUCACGCUGGAAUUUAUCAAUGUCAGCCCUUCAAUGAUUUAGGAACCGAUGGGAAGAGUCCUUUGAUAAAUGUUGUAGUUCAGCAUCCUCCCACGAUUACCGUGAAACCAAAACCAGUUUACAUACAUAAAUUAGGGGAUACAGUGGAAAUGUCUUGCGAUGCUCGAGAUACCAAAGGCCUACAUCGACCACACAUUUAUUGGACAAGGAAAGACGGUGUUGCUCUGCCGUAUGAUAGAUCGUCAUCACAUGGCGGAAAUCUCACCAUUGAGAAGAUUGUUGAAAGUGACCGUGGAAUUUAUCAGUGCUCAGUCACAAAUGAAGCUGCAACAGUUACAGCGGACACUGAACUUUUAAUCGAAACUCUAUCUCCAAGACCACCAUUUAAUUUGACCGCCAAUAGUACUGAUACAAAAAUCACCCUAAGAUGGAUUCCCGGAAGCGUUGCAAGACCCAGCAUAACGUACAUUAUUUGGUAUAGACUUGCAGAGGCUGCUGAAUGGAGAACACUCAAAGUUCCAUCAAGACACUCCAUGGAGGCCACUGUGAAUAACUUAGAGCCAGGGAAGGAGUACGAAUUUAUGGUAUUGGGACAAGAUAGCUAUGGAGAUGGGAUAUUCAGCAAAGCUUUUCGAUAUUUCACUAAACCACGAGAUUUCAAAGAUGCUCAACAUUACCGUGAUCCCAUUCAGCAAUUUGCUCAAAUAGGACCUCCACGUAAUUUAAGUGUUGACCAGACACCUGAUGGGAAUUAUUUGGUCACCUGGGAUCCACCGGAAUAUGGAAAAGAUCUUUUAAAGAUUUAUUUGGUGCGAUGGUGGCUCGAACCCAAACACACCCUCCAUGGAACAGCGGAAACGCGCCAAACGCAGUACCACGUGAGCCAGUUGGAUGAGGAUGAACUAUAUAUUUUCCAAGUGUUUUCACUCUCAAUCUCAGACUACGAAGCAGGUAGCAAUGAAUUUGAAAUUUACGUUCCACCAUAUCGAAGAAUGCGGGCUAUUGCAAUUGGGACAGCAGCAGGAUUAAUAUUUCUUCUCAUUGCUCUACUUGUCUUCGUCUAUAUGCGUCGAAAGUGGUUCGAUAGCAUUCAGAAUAGCACGGAAAAGAUGAGCCACUAAGCAACAAGAGAUCAAUAUGGAAAUUAAUAACUUCAAUCAAGUUGUAAAAGAAAUAUAACAAAAUUGGCGAAGCAAGAAAAAAAGUCAAAAAUUUGUAUACAAGAAACUCUAAAUCCAUUGAUCAAUUCAAUUUAAUUAAAUUUUGUAAUUCAUUUUAGUUGUGUUUAGAUGUGCCUUUCAGAUCUAUUUUCAUUUUUUCAAUUCCGUUUUUAUACCUAUUUGAUGCACAGGAUUAAUAAAGAUUUUUUGUACUUUUAUUUUUGUAAAAUGAUGGGAAAUUUAUUAAAAGAUAUGAAAUAAUAAAUAUUAACAAAUUAA